GUGCACAUUCAGCUGCGCAGCAAGAGUGCAUGCCAUUGCAGAGGAUAUGCGCUGUUUUUACGCAGCCUUCCUUGACAACGGGAGGCAUGGCGGAUUUAAACUCCUCUGUUCGCAUCUCCGGAUUUGUUCUUGGUUCAUUAAUGUUUCACCACUUUAACAGUGACUUUAACAGUGAUUCUGAUGUGGAAGGUCUUAUUCCUGGGGAGAGCAAAGCUGAAGCGAGAAGCAACAUCACUGAUUCUCAAAUCGACAACAUACAGUUUGAGCAUACAAUAAGUGGGUCAUCAGCUGUGCACUUGAAUCAUCACAAUGUCAUCUUGGCUACAGUGGAGAAUGUGAUUGGUUGGUAUAAACAGCAGAGAUACACAGAUCAACAAAUUACCUUCAGAGAGCAAGUAAUCCAUGAGAACCUGAAAAGAGCAGUCUCCAAUCAGGAGCUGAUGUUUCUGCUACUGACACCCAGUGAGGUCACAUCAUCAGGCUCCACUCACAAACUGGGAGUAUGCAGUCUGAACUCUGUGUUGCACUGUCUAAGUAGUCAAUCCUGCAGCGUUCCUGUCCGGGUCAGCAACCUGGGUUUGUUGGAACAGCAGGACUACUGGAGACCGUCUGCAUCUUGUUCAUCAGUCAACUACAACCGUGUUUCAUCUCUAAGGACUGUCAGUGAGAGGAAACAAGAGCAGAAAAAAACAGAUGGAGACUCCAUUCCAGCCCAGUCUCAGGAGACUGUACUGCUCUGUGAGGCCAUUAAGACACUGUUCCCUGGGGCAGCUCUACUCCAAACACAGGCUCUUACCUUCCAGGGGUUCCCCGUGCCUGAGUUCUGCUGCAACACUGACCAUGGCAUAGACAUCACCACAACACUGCCUUUGAUCCUGACUCAUACAGUCCCCAAAGCCAGGAAGGGGAGGCUUGGUAGAGGCGGAGGGACGUCCUGGAGAAAACGUCCCCUUUGGGAAUCAUCUGACACGCCCAAGAGGAGGAAAAACAUGCUGGAGGAGACGGAGGGGUCUUCAUUGUCAGUCAGUGGGUCAGAGACUGAGGAUGAUUUGAUACCAGCCAAUCAAAACAGAAAUAAUUUAGACAUGUCUAACAGAGGACAAAAAUGUACCACUCAAAUUAUUACUUUGCAUAAAAGUGUAUGGAGUAUAGGAAAAUCUGUGACAUUCCCCUCUCAAUUACUGAAAACGUAUAUUUAGGAAUGCCUUCAAUUUGCUUAUUUUGGGGGUAACAUUUUAAAUGUAAGAACUGUCCUUGAAAUAAAGUGAUAUAUACAGUACCA